CUGACGGCACUCAUCGCCCGGACAGACGUCAAGAAGCACAGAGACUAUCCGUUGGCGUCGAAGGACGAGAACAAACAGCUUCUGGUGGGCGCCGCCAUCGGCACCAGAGAUAGCGAUAAGGAAAGGCUUAAGAAACUGGUCGACGCCGGCGUUGAUGUCAUUAUUUUGGACUCAUCUCAAGGCAAUUCUGUGUAUCAAAUAAAUAUGAUUAAGUAUAUGAAGAACGAAUACCCGAACGUCCAGAUCGUCGCCGGAAACGUGGUGACCACAAAACAGGCUAAGAAUCUGAUCGAAGCCGGCGCCGACGGCUUGAGGAUAGGCAUGGGCUCCGGGAGUAUAUGCAUCACACAGGAGGUGAUGGCGUGCGGUCGACCCCAGGCCACGGCUGUGUACAAAGUGUCCAAAUUUGCCCGAAAACACGGCGUCCCGACCAUCGCCGACGGAGGCGUGUCUACUGUGGGUCACGUGAUUAAGGCGCUGGCGUUGGGCGCGUCGGCUGUGAUGAUGGGCUCUAUGUUGGCGGGCACUACAGAAGCGCCGGGAGAUUACUACUUCUCGAACGGAGUUCGCGUCAAGAAGUACAGAGGAAUGGGAUCUAUCGAUGCCAUGGAGUCCAAGGACGGAGAGGGCAGUCGUCAGCGAUAUUUCCAAGGAGAUAACGAUGACGUACGGGUGGCUCAGGGAGUGUCGGGUGCUAUUGUGGACAAGGGAUCCAUUCACCGGUUUGUGCCGUAUUUGAUAACUGGCAUCAGGUAUGGACAUCAGGACAUGGGUAUCAAGAGUCUGGAGCUAAUGAAAACCCAAACCUAUUCGGGAGAACUGCGGUUCGAGAAGAGGACGGCGUCGGCACAGAUCGAGGGCGGAGUCCACGGCCUCUACUCGUUAGUUGCAAAUCGACAGCAUUUGUCUAAAUCU